AUUGCAUUUUUUAAGUUUAUGCUUUUUCGAAUCAUCUUUCCGGCAAAAAAGACAUUUCUGCAUUUUCCAGUAAUGCACGCCUUUUCCAUACCAGCAUCUUUAAUCGGCACCUUUUUUUAUAACAGGGUCGCCACACCCACCGCUUCGGCCGCCCAUCCGGGGUUUCUUGCUACCUGCGGCAUUGCGUGCUCCGCCACUUUUACAGCCCCCGCCCACCCGCCGCGUUACUGGCCAAUCAGUUUCUAGUCUUCUGACCACGAAACGGUAUAAAAACUCGAAACUGAUUCUUCUCUUGUCUCAUUAUGUCAUUCUCUUGUCAUUCAUACGUAGUUAUUCCACCAGUGGUCUUCUCUCCGUCAGUCAAUGUCAGUUAAACUCAGUCAUUCUCGCUCGGUCACUAGUCUGCGACUUUGUUUCAACAGGCAUGCACUGUCCGUUUCAACCAAGUUCUGAAUCGCAGUCAUUCUGCUUCAUUUAACUUCAGUAGACUCCAGCUCACUCUAGUCUUCCACUCGGAUAGUCUUUCAACCUUCGUUCAUUUGUAAUCAGACGAAUAGCGAUAUUAAUCAAUUCCGUUGCUUAGCGUAAUCGGCCUUACAAUUCGAGAGAUUUUGUAAUCGCGGAAUUUUAGUAUCGGUUGUACUCGCUGUGCACCCUACAAUCCCAAACAUUUUGAGACAAUUUUAAGUAUUGUACAUGGUUUAUAACAUCCUGGAAGUAGGUCUAUGAAAAAGACGUCGCAAAGAUUUGUUUAGCCAAAUAUGACAAAAGAUGUUGCAGAUUGAGUGAGGAUAUCGUUAUUGUUUAACGAUGAUCGAUCAUUUCUCUCGAUGGCCUGAAGCAAUACUAAUUAAAGAUAUUACUGCAGAUACAAUAGCAAUGACAUUUUUUAAUACAUGGAUUUCAAGGUAUUGUACACCAUUAUCUGUAACUACAAAUAGGGAAAGUCAAUUCGAAUCACAAAUUCUUCAUGCAUUUUCGGAAAUGGUUGGACUUAAAAGAAUCCGAACAACUUAGUAUCAUCCUGUGUCAAACGGAAUAAUAGAAAGAUUGCAUCGAAGAUUAAAAACAGCGAUUUAUUGUCAUAAAAAAAGAAGAUUGGAUACAAAUUUUACCAAUAGAUUUGUUAGGAUUAGGGACUGUUUAAAAAGAAAGUCAGUAGCAGAAAUGUUUAUUACAAACUUUUUAGAAGAGAAAGCUUCGGUUAAUCGGAGAAUAUUUCUGCAAAAAUUAAGGGAAUACAUGAAAAUGUUGAAACCACGUCAAACGACGCAUUAUAUUAAAAACAAGGUAUUUAAAUCUUAAUAAAGAUUUAAAUUCAUGUUCGCAUGUAUUUUUAAGAGUAGGUGCAGUAAAACUACCUCUAACACCACAGUACGAAGAUCCAUAUAAAGUUAUUGCCAGACAGUCCAUUAAAUCGAAUUUUCACCAUCAAAAUUAUUGGCAGAUACGAACAUAUCCUGGGUCCAAAGAAGAGAGGAAAAUAAGAUUCAAUAUUUAAAUGAUUUUAAAUACUCGGAUGGGAGUAAUGUGGCAAAUGUAGAUAAUUAAUUUAUUUCUAUUUUAUCGACGAUUUUCAAAAAUUGAUUAAGUUUACGAAUUAUGUUAACGAAGUUCUCGUUACCAUUAAUUCAUUUAUUAUUGUUACCUACCAACGGGGGUAUUCCAUUUAUAAUAAAUCUUCUUAGAAUAAACAUGUAUAUACGAAACGGGAAUAAUUUAUUUAGUAGUCUGCUAAUUUCAUAUCAAAAUAUUUAAAUUUAAAAAUAUCAAAUCCCUAAAUAAAUAAUAAGUGUUGAGUGGAAAUAUUAUAAUCUGUUAGUUUAUUUAUUCUAUACUUACCACAAGAAAAACGCCUGUGGCUCCAUCUCGUAUUUAUCAAGCAGCUACACAUCUCUAGAUAAUACUACUUCUGCAACGAAAACUGUACAGAUACCGACAAAUGAAAAAGAGAGUGAUAAAGUCACGUGACUAUUCCAGCUUCUUAACGAGAUUGGUCGUUUACCGAAUACUAUCCGUUCAUUGGGUAAAUAGCGAUGUGAUUUCUGCAACAGUCAUUUCAAAUUAGAACAGUUGCCACUGUUACGGUUACACAGUCACGUAAAGAUACACUAAACCAAAGAAGAGGGAUUAUACAUAGAAUAUAAGUAAAACAUCCUCAGACAUUCAGUGAUUAAUAAUUUGACACAGACUUUUGUCAAUUGUACAUUGUUGUUUCGUUACAUUAUAAACAUUUUACUAUGUCGUUUGCAAAAGCUAAGAUCAAAAGAUUUAACGAAUUGGAAAAUGAUGUACCGCCACCAGGAGCAUAUGAUCCUAAAUUUGAUACUGAAGUAAGAGGGGCUAUGCUAGACAAAUCAGAUAGAUUUCAGGAUAAUAGAAGUACAAAUAGCACUGAAUGUAAUUUGUCAGUCUGCAAUCACAGUAGUAACAAAUCUGGUAUAAUUUUCAGAACGCCUCAACCAGCAAAGAAACCUACUGUUCAAAAUCAAAGUGGAAAGAUAAAAAGUAGAUCUAUUUUGUCUUCAUCAGAUACAAAAUUAAAAUAUACUUCGGAUCAUAAGAUUGCAGAUCUGCAAGUAGAAUGUUCAAAUAAAAACAAAACUAUAGAAGAAUAUUUGAAACACAUACAUGAAAUGCAGGAAGAGAUACAAAAGUUACAUUCUCAGUUGGAAGAAUUACAUAAAAACCAAGCAGAAGUUGAACAACGCCAUCAGAACGAAAGAGAAUCUAUGAUUCAAUUGCAACAGGAGGUAUUACAGGAGCAUAUCAAGAGACAUCGUUCCGAGAUAGAGCUCAUUCAAAAACAAUUAAUUGAAGCUUGUGAAGCUAAAGCACAUGAAAUCCAAGCUAAGGAAGACUUAGAAAGUGAUCUCAGAAGUCGUAUAUCAGAUUUCGAGAAAAAGAUAGAUACAGUAGAGUCUGCAUUGAUCAACCAGAAACGUCUCAGUGAGGAUAAAAUUCAAAGUCUUGUAAAACAAGUUGAAGUAUUAAUGAAAAAGAUAGAAAAAACAUCAGAAAAUCAUAAAGAAGAGGUCUGUUCAUUGGAACAGGAGAAGCUUGAACUUAAUACUUGUAUUAAUGAUUUAACAAACAAAAUUACAAAAUGUGAAGAAAGGCUGAAAAGAAUGAUUAUUGAAUGUGAUACACGGGUGCAUGUUAUGGUCAAAGAAGCAAAAACUGCCGUAGAAGAAGAAAUGCGAUUAACCAAAGAAAGAUAUACAGCAUACCUGACUCGGAUCGAGAAGGAACGAUCAGAAUUGGAUGAAAAACUAUCAGAGAAAGAUGCAGAAAUAAAUAAACUUUCAAUAAUUUUAGGAGAGUUGAAGUCUUCUACACAGAUCCAGGAAACGUUUGGUCUUAGUUUGCAAUUGGAAUUAGAUCAAGCAGAAGCGGAAUUGGCAGAAAAAGGGGAAGAAUUGCAGACUCUAAAAAACCAAAUUCGAAAAGAAGCAACAGAAAUGACAGCUAGGAAAAAGAAACUUGAAGCUACAAUGAGAGAAAAUCAAGCAUUGGUUAUUACAUUAACUAAACAUUUAGCUGAAAAUAAUACCGAUGUCGAAAAGUUGCAGCGUGAAUUAAAACGUGGAGAAGAUAGUGUAAACGAGCAUCACGAGUUACUGACCAUUAUGCGUAAUAAUUCGAAAGUGGUACAUAGUCAGAUACAUGAUCUGAUGAAAGAGUUCGAUGACAAACGAGUAUUAGUGAAUCAAUUAGAAUCUGAAAAAGUAAACAAAAUUCAUGUGAUUAAAUCUGUAUUUGAAGCCAAAAUCCAAGAUUUAAAACAGUUAACAACGAAGGAAGUGACACAAUUACAUGCGAACUGUGAUAAAAAAGAUGCACAAAAUGCCGAGAUGAAAAUCCGACUUCAAAACAUGGCUGAACGUUUAGAUGAAACGAAAAAUAUGCUGCUUAAAUUGGAGAAAAAGAAUAGUACUCAAGAACUCGAAAUUUCUCAAUUAGAAAUGAUAAAUCGUGAACUUGCUCGACAAUUGGAAGAAAGUAAAUUAGAAAUAGCAAAAAGUAAUAAUUUCUUGGAAGCUGAAACAAUAAAAUACAAAGAUACUUUAAAUGAGGCAAAUGUCAGAAUAGAAGAACUUUCUAAUACGGUUAGAACCUUUGAGGAGAGGCGUAAUAAUAUAGAGGACAAGACUGAAUUACUAGAAGAAGAAAAAGCCCGACGAGAAGCCGCCGAAGAAGAGAUCAGAAAACUUCUUGAAUAUAAUGCGCGCCUAAAAAAAGAUCACGAAGAGAUUAGUGAAAAAUAUGCCGAGCUAAUAGGCCAUCAAAACCAUAAGCAAAGAAUUAAACACGUGUCUCAGUUGAAAGAUAAAAUCACUCAACUGGAAAUGGAUUUACGCAAGAAAACAACAAAAAUAGAACAGCAACAAAAAAUCAUUGAAAAAAUAAGGUCAGAAGAGAAACAUGUGCCAAACAAGUUCAGAUAACCAAUUAUUGUUGUUAUCUGUGGUUUAUGACCAGCAUGAAAUAGUUGUUGUUAUAUGUAGUAUAUAGUGUAUUCGGCAACAGUUUGGAGAUUUAAGGGGUGAUAGAAAGUAAGACAAAAGUAAGACGAUAGUAAGACGAAAAUCGAGGAUUAAAAAAGUAUGAUUUAAACUUUAUUUUCAAGUUGUUAACGAUUAAAGAUCUUGAUCCUCGAAGACGGAGAACUGACUCGCACCUCAGUAUUAUAAACUUUUAUUGUUAAUAGCUUACCGACAAAGUGAAGGUCGUAAUUUUUGUUCUCACUCGACUUUCAUCUUAUCUUGCCAUAAAGAAUAAUCCUGCAAAUUUUCUUGCAUCUUGUUGUCGAGUAUCUUGCAUGUUAGCACUAGUUUCACAUUAACGAUUAUGCCAUUGGGUGAGAAACAUGAAAAUAUUAUAUCAAAUUAAGAAAUUGUUUGUGGAUUAAACAGGUUGGCCAUCAUCUCGAGAGAAAUGAAAAGUUUUGUAACCGUUAAUAUGAAACCACAUUACAUGUAUAUCGUUAACAACUUAUUUUAAGAAAUGGACUUUAAUACAGAUUUUAUACAGUAGUUUCUAAAAAUAGGCGGAUUAUAGCUUUGAAGUUUUAUGUUACUUAUAGGAGUUACAUUUUUAAAACAAUAUUUGCUGAAUGUUUUUGUUAUAAUCUAAGGUCAAACUUGAUAAGUUUGGUGGUUAGUGUAAUUACUAGACUGCGGAUUUUAUGCUUUUAUAAUAAAAAUGGGUAAGUGAAAUUUAA